AUAGUUGAAUUCUGCAGUCAUUUCUUUGAGGUUGGAAUUGCACUGAAUCAUUUCCUGUAUCACGUGCCUUCCCCACACUAUCCCAGUAGUGAGCAGGCCAAACAAAUCUAUUUUAUGGCACUGCUGAUUUCCCAGAUGCUGUUGGAGCCAGUUAUGGCACAGAUGAACUCAGGCACUGGUGGAACAUACAGGCAAACGGUGAGGUGCCAAGAGAAAUCUGACGUACAACAAAGGCCUGAAUUUAACAGAAGUAACUGCAGAGUUACUGAACUAAAUUAAAAUACUCAAAAUACCUUGGCGUGAUCCUAUAACCUCUGAAUUAUUAGCCCAGACCUCUGCAUUACAAGUUCUGGAAGAAUGCCUUGCGGUGGGCUUGGUCACUGAGUACAGCAGCACUGAGGGAAAGGGCUGCCCGCUUCCCACCCUUGAUGUUGCUCCAUAUCGUGUUCUAUUACAAUGUGACGGAUGGUUAACAUUCUGUGUGUAGCUAAGUGUUAUGCUUGCUAAGUGUUCAAAACUGUGUGAAAACAUUAAGCUUCCAGCACCAAAGACACGUACUGGCAACAAAAAAGACUGAAAGCUGCUUAAAACAAUUGAAAUGACUGGAUUUCAAACGGAAAAAUCACGGACCUGUAUAAAGUAUCUCAUGUUCCUGUCCAAUACUUUAAUUUUUACAGGAGGGCUAUGUCUGCUGGGAGUUGGCAUCUGGGUUACAACAAACCCCAAUGGCUUCAAGAACAUUGUGACUGCAAACCCAUUCAUCUAUACUGGGGCUUACAUCAUCCUGUCAGUCGGGGUAAUUCUCUUCUUCCUAGGGUGCUUAGGUUGCUGGGGAGCCAUCCGAGAGAGCAAACAACUGCUUAUGAUUUUUUUGCUAUUGAUUCUGAUCAUUUUCAUCUUGGAGUUAGUUGCAGCUGUCCUUGCAUUAGUCUUCAGAAAACAGAUACGAAAGGAUUAUUUCUUAAAGGAAUUGCAGAUGAAAUACAAAGGAGACAAUUCCACAGAUGCAUUUUCAAAAACCUGGAAUGCCAUUAUGAUGGACUUUUCCUGCUGUGGUGUAAAUGGGCCUCAAGAUUUUGGACAGAAUUCCUCAUUUCAUGAACUCUUCCCCAAUAUGCUGCUACCUGAAGCGUGUUGUAAGAAGAACAAUACAGUCCUUGUCUUCCUUGACAAGAAUAGAUGUUUUCAGGGAGGUGCUGGUUACAUAAACAGUAAGGGAUGUUUCUCAAUGAUUGCAGAGAAUUUUCGGAAUUAUGUUCAUCUGGUUGGAGCAUUCAGUAUAAUAGUGCUUUUAAUUGAGCUUGGCGCUAUGGCUUUUACUAUUUUUGUGUACCAGACCUAUAACUAAUAAUGACCAUUGUCAGGCAGAAGACACAUACUAAUCAUGACUGAACAAACAAAGAGGAGAAAGCAGACAUCAAGAAACACGUACUGGGCAAUGACUGGGUGGAUGUGCAGAGCCAGCUGUGAUUUAGCAAGAAUGCAUUUAAAUGACACGUGAAAUUGUUUGAAAAGGAAUGAAGCGAACCUUAAUAAUGAAAAUAAUGAAAAAGGACAGUCCAGCCAUUUUAUAUUGUCCACACAAUUAUUAUAAUUGUAAUUAUUAUAAUUAUAUUCUGUUUUGUCCUGUUAAGAAUGUGCUACUUAACCUUUUAACAGUGUUACUGCCCAUUUUGAAAUGGUUGUGUAAUGAGGUACAAAUGUAAUGUCGAGCUAAUUAUAUUACAGUGUAAUAGAUAUGUAUUGUGAUAUGAAUAUUCAUAUUUCUUCUAUUUGUGAUAUCUCAGUUGUAUUUUUGACUUUAAAGAUGAAGGUCUGCAGCUUUCCUUUUAAUUUAUUAUACCCCUCUAGUUUGCAAUUUAAACCUCCCCUCAAUCCCUCUUCCCACCUUUGUGCUUUUGAAGUGGUUGUGCAAACAACAGGCAUUAUAUGGGUCACCUGAUUCAUUUCUGUUUUCAUGCAACUCCCAAAACCCACACCCCAAAUCCCACUCCCCACCAUUGUGCCAAUCCAUGCCAGCCCUCCUCUACCUGUCAGUGAAAAUUCACUUUGUCAACCUCCCCAUACCAACUUGUUCGUUAGGGUAGAAGGUUGUUAUGUAAUGCUUGAUUUGUGACAGCAGAAAACAUUAAUAUUAUUAAUGCAGCAGUAACAAGCAACAACAACCCCAGUGUAUAUUUCCUGUUGUCAUUGUGGAAGCUGUGUUGUUUUCCAUAAACACUUUCUUAAUAGAGGGAGCUGUUCUAUUAUUGAGUCAUGCACUGGUCGUAUGUCACUUCCUUAGUUUGUGGAAGCUGGCUUUUCUACCAUGUGUAUGUAAGGUGGCAUGGUGGUCAGUGGUUAUUACUACCGCCACACAGCACCAGGGGCCCAGGUUCGAUUCCACCUCAGGUGACGAUCUGUGUGGAAUUUGCAGAUUCUGUCUGUGUGGGUUUCCUCCAGAUGCUCC